GAGUCCAAGCAACGGCAGCUACACCAUGAAGGGAUCAGCAAUAGUUGCAAUGCUUUUUAUAGCAAGUUUGUGGACAGGAUCGAUGGCGCAAUCCAGUUCGGGUUGCACCAAUGUGCUGAUUAGCAUGUCUCCCUGUCUGGAUUACAUACAAGGGAACUCAUCGAGACCGUCUUCUUCGUGCUGCUCGCAGCUCGGUAACGUCGUGAGGUCGAACCCUCAGUGCCUCUGCCAGGUCCUUAACGGCGGUGCUUCAUCACUCAGUGUCAGUGUUAACCAGACUCAGGCAAUGGCUCUCCCCACUGCUUGUAACGUUAAGACUCCCCCUGCUAGCCAGUGCAAUGGUGGUGCUUCUCCUUCUGAAUCUCCCUCGGGAACAUCGAGUUCUCCUUCAUCAGGUGGCUGUUCCAAGAGUAAUGUUCCAACAACAGACGAUAGCACAUGGAGUGGGAACUCCACGAUUCAAUCCUUUUAGUUCUUGACUUUAUUU